UUUUGGACAAUGGAGAGCAAACAAACCACGAAGCAUGACUUUGGAGGAGAUUCACACCUUCCUUGAUGUGGAGUCGGACUUCAACUUCGAGGAGAUUGGUGAUAGUGGUUCAGAGUCUGGCAGCGUGGACUCCGAGGUAGAGGAUGCAUUCGCGGAGGGCAUGGAUGUCCUCCUUGACUUUGCUGAACCAUCUGCCCCUCUGCCUCGCUCCCUCACCUCCAGUGACCCUUUGGAAGGGACCUCAGCUACAGCCCCACCUGUCAGGCCUCCAGCGUCUCCCCCCAUCGCCACUCCUGGUACCUCUGCCACUGGUCCCUCAGCCAGCACUAGUGCACCUCAGCAUCGUGCAAGAGGCCCAGCUCCAGCCCCAGCCUCAACUCCAUGCCCUCCUGCAGCAAGGUGUAGUGCCAGGUGUGGCAAGCGCCCAGUCCCAGCCUCAACUCCAUGCCCUCCAGCAGCAAGGCGUGACAAGCGCCCAGCCCCAGCCUCAACUCCAUGCCCUCCUACAGCGAAGCGUGGUGCCAGGCAUGGCAAGCGCCCAGCUCAAGCCCCAGUGGAGAGUGACCCCCCAGUGGACAUGUGGCAUGAUGCAGACUGGGAAGAUGUGGAGCCUCCUCCUUUCAAGUUCUUUCAAGUCCUCCUCCUUUCAUAUUUGCAACUGUUCUGGCUAACGGGGCUCUGGUGUGGACUGUUUUCUAACACUUCUACAUUUCCCCUAAAAGACAUAAGCUUAGUUUCAAUACAGUAUUUGGCAUUUGGAGAGGUAAGGAUCCUCCUUAUUGGUUAACUUGAAAUAAGUGUAAAUAUUAGCCUGAAAUGAAGUGAAAUUUAUAUUUACAAGGUCAAAACACAAAAAUACCACACACACAACCUGCUAUAUGGGGAAAAUCUUGUUUUUGUAUUUUGGAGAGCUUGGAGAGGUUAUGGACACUUGGAAACGCCUAUAUGCACCUAUUAGAAAUUGCUGUGUAGAACCUAUGUAAUUUUAUGCAUCUGCUUAAAAUUUUGGAGUUUGCUUCCUAAGAACAUGUAGAUACAGGAAAUGUAGUGUAUGACCUGCUGUUCUAACACACCAUCCAUGGACACACUGACAACUACAAAAAUAAUAGGCGUUUUUUACUUUUUUGACAUUUUCCUCUGUAUAUGAUGUUCUAAAAUGUAGACUUAAUGAAGGAAAUAAAGGUCUGGAGGUGAAUUAA